AUGGAACCGUCCCUGCAGUUUUGGCACACGCAGACCGACCCCCAGGGCCAAGAAUCUGCUGGUGAGCGCCAAAAGAAGAUGUCCACAGUAAGCCAGCUAGAGUGCCCCAUUUGCUACAACACGUACGACAACGUAUUCAAAACGCCCAAGAAGUUAGAAUGCGGUCACACCUUCUGCCUGGAGUGCCUCUCCCGCCUCAUGGCCAUUUCACCUACUGAGCAAGAAGGUAGCGACCAGGGGACGACGCAGCUUUUAUGCCCCUUUUGCCGCCACAGCACCACUUUACCUGACGGAGGGCCCCCGUCUUUGCCCACCAACCACGACAUGCUGCACAAGCUGCCGGGCCACCAGCAGCAGGAGGAGCCCGUGUGGCUGGAUGGGGAGAAGCUGUGUUAUAAAAGCAAUAGGCCGGCAUCCGACAGCCUUUCAGUCUUGUGCAUCUGCAUCGACAUUGGCGCCGACAAGAGGGACGGCGCCCAACCUCCGACCCCGCCUCAGAGUUUGGGCCCGCUGAGUCGGCUGGCGGACUGGAAGCGAAUAAUGCUCUUCGUGGUGAUCAUGGUGCUGCUGGUCAUUGUGGUUCUGUGGCCACUGCAGUGUGUAUUCACCACUGGAAACAUGCGAUGUAUGCAGAUGGUCCAGCAGAACCGCACCGCCGCCACUGUAACGACGUUGGCCCGUUUGAACAUAAUUAACAGGCCCGUAGGUCUGACAGACUAG